UGGCAGCAGCUGGAUUGCAGAAUUUGUCUGCAUGUGAUAUGCAUGAGAGGGAGAGAGAGAGUUGGAGGUGGGCGUGUGUUGGGGUCUAAAAGCUAGCACAGCUCCCAAACCCUAAACUUGUUUUAAAAAGAGCUCUGUACCGGACCUGCCGCACACUCUUCUCUUAAUUAUCCCAAAGCUGGGAGAAGAGGGUGGAGAGAGCGUCGGAGAAAACAGGAGAGAAGGGAGAAGAAGUAAGUAGAGGGACCGUGGCAGCGACAGGGUGGAGAGGCGAGAGGAGCAGAGACAUCUGGUAUUCAAACCGCAUGGGAGAGGGAGAAGGACUUCCUGCUGAGUCUUAAAAGCAUCAUCAUCAUUUCAAGUCGGGGAGCGUGUAUCUUCUCGACAUGGGCCCUCACUCUCUGUUGAUGGCGCUGAUGGUGGUUGCCACAGCAACUGGGGCCUAUGCAGCCGAGGAGGAGAAUGAAGUGGAUUACGGGUACUGGAACUACAGAGAGGGAGCUGAGAGCGUGAAUGUGGCCUCAGUGCGCAGUGUGACCAGAGUUUUAGAUGCCUGGGGAAAACGCAUCUUCAGUGAGAUCAAAACUCUGCUGCACUCACAGCCCAGCACGCUGCUGCCCGACUACUCCAGGGUGCGCCCUCUGUCCGAGUCUGUCAACGACCUCUUCAGGGAAGUCUCUCUGCUGCACCGACGCAUCGCCGAGCUCUCUCAUCGCCUAGCAACGCUGGAACCAUUUCUCCGUCGCUACGGCUACCAGGGGGAGGAUGGGGAGGAGGAGGAGGAGGAGGCGGAAGGCAGGCGGGCUCACAGCCUGAAAGGGAAGGUGGCGAGUCUGGCCCGAUACACCCCGAGGAGCGCAGUGAGCGUGAGCCCGCCCAGAGGGAGCAGGGUGGUGAGGAGGAGGCGGGUGAGAGUCCUGAAGAAUAGGGGAGUGAAGCUGGUCAAGAGUGACACAUAGAUGGAUGGACAGAGUUGGGGGCGGGGGCGUGCGACGGAAAGAGGGAAAAAGUUGGAGGCUUUGUUGGGUUUACCGAAACGAAUUAUAAAUCCCUUUAUAAACAGUGUAAAGUUUCUACAUAUGCAAUAUAACCUCUGAUUUUUAUUAGUGAGAGACUAAAAUUCUUUAAUAAACUGUUAUCACCAUUUCAUUGCGGUUUUUGCCUCAUCAGUUCCACUUCUCAUUCUCUCUUCUUUUAUUUUAUGGAUCACCUCAACUUGGGAAACAACCUUACACAAACCUAAUUGCUGUUCCAGAAGCUCUCUGCUACUUUAGCCGCUCUGUAUCUAAUCCGUGUAGAUUGAUUAGAUACAGAAAUAAUGUGACGGGAUAAUCCAAAAAGCUGUCCGCUAUCAAGGACGGUUGAGAGCUAAAGAAACUGAUCACUAAA